AUGUCAAAAGUACUUUUCACUGUCAUUGAGGACGAAAAACUUGUGGAAAUGGUAGCUAAAUUCAAUUGUUUGUACGAUUUGGGUUGUAAACUCUACAAAAAUCAGACUAUCAAGGAUAAUGCUUGGAAAGAGGUAGCUGAACAAGUAAAAAGAUCUGUAGAGGAUUGUAAAAAAAGGUGGAGGAACAUCAAGGACACGUACCAUAAAAGGGUUAAGAAAGGAAUGGGAACUGGAUCAUCUGCUUUAAGUAAACCUAAGAAUUGGCCAUUAGCUGAUAUGCUGACGUUUCUUGGAAAAGCUGAUUACAAGCGAGAUAGCAUAUCAAAUAUUGAGUGUGGCGAGGAAGGUGGAGAUGAUGAUUCGAGUACAGAAAUAAACAACGACUUGCAGGUACCAGAGGAAAUUAAUAACCAAUCGAUUUGUUCAAUCGGUGAAAAUUCAAAUGAAGACCCAACUCUACAAAAUUCGAAGUUGCAAAAAUCACAAAAAAGCAAGCGCCAAAAAUAUAAUGAAAAAGUUAUCCAGCUUCUAGAAGAUAGGCGUAUUGAGAGAAAUGAGAUCAUGAAGAAUAUAGCUCAAAAUCGUGAAGAUGCACACAUAAAAAUAAUGUAG